GACAAAUGACAGUAUCUCGUACUGUCACUUCCUAUUUUCACUUUUGAGUUUUGAACUUGUCAGACUUGUAAAUAACAACUAAUAAGUAUUGCACUACCUAAUAGUGCGUAUUAUCGACCACGUUUUUUUUUUUUUAAAUAUUCUACUACUAAAAUUAAUAAUCAGUUCAAAAUGAAUAGUGAAAGUGCUCCUUCGUCAGAAGCCAAGGAGAUGACAUUUGCAGAAAAACAAGCAGAGAGGAUGAAACGUUUGCGUUCAUUGCAUUCAGCGAGAAAUGAAGCCAGGACGCACAAUCAUCAAGAAGUUGUUGCAGAGGAGGCUAGAAAUAAAUUGCCAGCGAAUUACGAGGCCAAGAAGCGACAAGCAGAGUGGUUGUUGGAAGAUCAGAACAAACGCGAAGAAGCCACUAAACAGGGUAAAGACUACGAUCGUGUAAAACUAUUAAACAUAUCUGCAGUUGAAGCGGAGCGUCUCGAGCGUAAAAAGAAGAAAAAGAAUCCAGAUCAAGGCUUUUCUACUUACGAACAGGCAACUGUACGACAAUACAAUAGACUCGUAAAAAAUAUGCCUACAAUGGAUACUGAACAGUAUGACAAACAAAAGCAAAAGUAUGGCGACGCAUUUUAUGGUGGACCAAAUGUUAUUAUACAUGGUAUGCAUGAAGACCGUAAAGAAGCAAUCGACAAAAUGGUUAAUGAUAUUGAGGGACAGAUCGCUAAACGAGCGAAAUACUCUCGGAGGCGUACACACAAUGACGACGCAGAUAUUGACUACAUCAACGAAAGGAAUGCCAAGUUCAACAAGAAACUUGAAAGGUUUUACGGGGAGCACACGGCUGAGAUCAAGCAAAAUCUCGAGAGGGGCACAGCAAUAUAGGAAUUUUUUAUAUGCAUAUAUCUGUACAGUGUGCUGUGUGGCUAUUGCACCAAAGAAUAUAGCCACCCCCUCUCUUCCCGUGGGUGUCGUUAGAGGCGACUAAG